AUGGCAUCGUCCGAUCUCGCGCCGGAGGAGACGAACACGGUUCGGUUUCUUCUUGCGUCGGAUACGCAGUAUGUAUUAUGCGUGGGUGGCCCUGACAGCAGCAUCGGCUACCUGGAACGCGAUCCUGUGCGUGGCCAAGACGCCCUGCACACGUUUCGUGAGCUUCUGCGCAUCGCCAAGGACCAACAGGUGGACUUUAUUCUCCUCGGUGGCGAUCUGUUCCAUGACAACAAGCCUUCGCGGCCUACCAUGUUUAAGACCAUGUCGUUGCUGCGUGAAUACACGUUUGGCGACGAUCCUGUGUCCAUGGAGCUACUCAGUGACCCGUACGACGACAAGCGCAAAGAUGUAUCGUUCCCAAGCAUCAACUACGAUGACGCCAAUCUAAAUGUAAGCAUCCCCGUCUUCUCGAUCCAUGGCAAUCACGACGAUCCGCAAGGCCUAGGCGAAGACGGCUCCUUAUCCGCCCUGGACGUGCUAGCGGCGGCAGGUCUAAUCAACUACUUUGGGCGUAUGACUCUGCCUGCUACUCACCAUUCGCGAAAACGCACGGCCGGUGGCAUCCCUGACGACAUGCUUCACGUACGCCCCAUUCUUCUGCGCAAGGGCGAUACACGCAUCGCCUUGUAUGGUAUGGGCAACAUGAAAGACGAGCGCAUGUCGCAUGAGCUACGUGAGAAGCACAUAUGUAUGUAUCGACCUUCCGAAGAUACCGAAGAUUGGUUCAAUAUCAUGGUACUACACCAGAAUCGCGCUUCACACAACCCCAAGGCCUAUGUGCCCGAAAGUGCUCUGGAUGACUCGCUGCACUACGUGGUAUGGGGCCACGAGCAUGAGCAGCGAAUCAGCCCUGAAGCCGUGUCGGAGAAGAACUACUACAUUUCACAGCCAGGAAGCACCGUCGUGACCAGUCUCUCCCCGGGCGAAGUGACGCAGAAAUGUGCGGCGAUUGUACAAGUAUGUGGCAAAGAUUUCAAGGUCGAGCCGAUUCCCCUCGAGACCGUUCGCCCCUUUGUGAUGAAAGACAUCAACUUGACCUCAGAGGCCGCUACAGCGCGCAUCGAUCCCACCGACCGCAUCAGUGUGACCAAGCUUCUUCGCCAGCAUAUUGAGCAACUCAUGGAGCAAGCGGCCGUGCAAUGGGACGAACGCAUGCAGCAUCAUACUCCCGCGACGCGGCCCCCUAUGCCAUUGCCGCUCAUUCGCUUGCGCGUGCACUACGAUACCCAAAUCCCUCUUGGAAACCUUGCGCGUUUUGGCCAAGAGUUUGUGGGACGCGUCGCGAAUCCUAAAGAGCUGCUGCAACUGCAGCUUCGGCGCGAGCGACAACGCCGUGACAACACAGCGCGUCCUUCGGUCGUACCAUGGGACCAGCGUAUGGCCCCCGCAGAAAAGCUCGAGCGCGUGGAUUUGGCCUCCUUGGUCAUGGACCAUAUUCGUGUACAACAAUUUGAUCUACUUAACGCGUCGCAACUGCAAAAGAGUGUGAUUGGGUACGUGGAGAAAGAAGAGCGAGAGGCUAUUGAGACCUUUGUCAACCAAACGCUCCAGAGUGUCGAGCGGCAGCUAUCGUCGCGUCAUAUGCAAGAGUCACAGAUCCAAGAGGCGUUAGAGCAGCUCGCUUCGCAUCCUAUCGCCAUGGAGGCGCCGUCGGAGGCGCCGUCGUCGCAAGACUCCAUGUACGAGGAAAUGCGUCCCUCAGCCCCUGCGUCGCCCUCUCCACCUCCUCCACCUCGACGGCCUACGCGGGGACGUACGGCGACGCAGUCAGCUGUCCCAGCGACACCCCAUACUGCGUCUCGCUCUGCUGUGCUAGGCUCGUCGUCCAGCACAGACGUCUCUACCACGUCCCCGUCGCGUCCCGCGCGUCGGCGACGACGUGUGGAUUCCUCUUUCUAA